AUGGAGUUCACAUGGGGAAGUGAAUUGGUCCCCGUACCACGAAUUCCUCACUUCAAAGACGAUGUUGAAGAUGAGCUGAAGUGUCUCAACCUCAACAUCGUCUUGCCGCCUGCUGCCCAGACCAAGAGCCUCCCCGUCAUGGUCUGGAUCCAUGGCGGCUCACUCCUCUUCGGCUCCUCCACCAACCCAUGCUACGACAUGGUCAAGUUGGUCGACCACUCGACCUCAAUCGGUGCCCCCAUCAUCGGAGUCACCAUCAACUACCGUGUCGGGCUCUUCGGCUUCCUCGCCUCAUCCGCCAUAGCCGACGACCUAAACGCAGACGGCCUCGCAGGCGCCGGCAACUUCGGCCUCACGGAUCAGCAGACGGCUCUGCACUGGGUAAACCGCUACAUAGCAAGUGUAGGCGGCGACCCGGAGAACGUCACCAUCUUCGGCGAGAGCGCUGGCGGCAUGAGCGUCGCCCACCAGAUCUGGGCCCGCGAGCCCGCGCCCUUUGCGCGCGCCAUCAGUAUGUCUGGUACAAUCAACACGAUCCCCGUCUGGUCGCUCGAGGAGCACGAGAGGCGGUUCCGGGCUCUAUUGAGGCAUCUCAACAUCGAGGGCGUGGAUGAGGCGGCGCUGGCGAAGCUGCGAAGUGUCCCGAAGGAGGCGAUUGCCAAGGCCACGUGCGAGAUCGAGGGGACUAUGGGGGCCACGGGGAAUCCAUGUAAUGAUGGGUGGUACCAUUCUUAUCGGCCUUCGCUGGGGCAGGGCGGCAUCAUUUCUCCACCUGAGUGGUUGAAGGGGUACAUGAUUGGCGAUGUCAAAGAUGAGGCGGCCAUGUUCCGCGGCACUCUGCACGACCAAACCUACGAGUCCAUCCUAGGUCACUUUAGUGCGUUCCUGGGAGAGAAAGACGCUGCGGAUGUCCUGCAAAGAUACGGCAUAUCAGCUGAUCUUUCUCACGAAGAACUGGAUCUGCGGUUUGAGAAGAUGGCCACCGAGGGCCUGUUUUGGAUACAGACCUACUUACACGCACAUGCCUCCAAGGUCGAGAGAACAUACGCAUAUCACUUUGACCAGGUCUCACAGCUGGAGACGUCAUUCAAGGGAUUGGCACACCAUGCGGUUGAGCUGGUAUUUGUGUUUCAAACCCUUGAGGAGAGGAUGACGGAUGAAGAGAUGAAGUUGUCGCGGAAGCUGGGAGCAGACUUCAUUCAGUUCGCGCAUGGCAACGAUCCUUGGAGGAGAUUCGAGCAGGGAAAUUGGAUGGUCUAUGGCCCCGAUAACAACUGGGCUGUUAAGAGCGAAGAAGAAGACAAGGCAGUAAGGAAUUACGUGCGCAUGUUGGGCAUUCUCCAAGACGGCUUGUUCCCCAAGUGGGCCGAGGCGCUGGAUUAUGUGAUUGAUAGGAGGUGGCAUUUGGGUGCUGUGGUGCCCAAAAAGGACACAUGA